AUGGUCAAGCGGUUUUGGAGAAAGAUCAACGAGGUGGCGGAGGGAGUAGGUGUGGGAGGGGGUGCCGACCACGAGGGAGGAGGCGAGGAGACGGCAGGCGCCGUGGUAGAGUACAGCGUCGAGGAGGAGGAGGGAGGAGGAGGAGGAGGAGGAGGAGGAGGAGGAGGAGGAGGUCAAGGAGGAUACAUCAAGGCAGGCUCAGCGCGGGUGCGCGCGGCCCGGGUGGCGGGUAGCAGCAGGUUGGCGAGGCGGCCUGCACAGGAGGGUGGGGCAGGAGGGCAGCAGCAGGAGGGCGUGGCGGCUGCGCAGGAGGGUGGGGCAGGAGUGCAGCAGCAGGAGUUUAGGGUGGCAGCUGCGCAGGUGGGUGGGGCGGGAGGGCAGGAGCAGGAGGGCGGGGAGGCGGCUGAGUAUUGUCGAGGAGAUGAUCGACAGGCCGUGAUAACAAGGAGACACGGCACGGCCAGUGGCAACGGACAGGCGGGCCCUUCGACCGGAGGGCCUUCGACGGCAGGCCAAUCGACGGCGAACGUUGCACCUGGAGGUCAGGUCGUCGAGCUACUGCAGAGGGUCAAGAAGGAAAUGUUGAAAGGGGCGAGGGCGAAGAUCGACGAGAUGACCGGGAAGAUCAUCGAGGAGGUUUCAGCCGCCAUCACAAAAGCGAGCGAGGACGCCGUCGAGAAGCAGCUCAAGCAGGUCGAGGAGCGGUUGGUUGCUGCGGUGCUGAAGGGUUUCGAGAAAGCCAUCAAGGAGGACAUGUUUUACACUAACCUCCCACCUGAGACCAUGAAGGAGCUGAAGGACAUAGUGAGGCAAGGCUACCAGGAAGGCGAAGCUGGGCGACUGGAAGUCCUCACCGAAGCGAUGGCGAGAGGUUUUCAGCGAUCGACGGGCCCGUCGACGAGGUCGCGUCAGGAGGGUGUGGCAGGGGUUCGCUGCGGCGUUGAGCCUUGUGGUCACGAGUGCUCGGUUCCUCCGUCUUCUUCGGUGGGAGGACAUGUCACCAAGCCUGUCGAGGAUAACGAGGUCAUCGUUCUCGACCAGUCGCCCCUCCCGAAGACCUCUGCAGCGGCUCCUAUCGCUCCGCCUGAUGCGUUCGCUUCGAUGCGGGACAUGCUGCAGGACCUGGGGAAAACGGAUGGGAAAGGAGUGGUUGCGGGGGAGAAAAGUGGUGCCCCGAACGUGCACGUCGCCUCAACCGGGAAUAGAGCCCUUGGAAAUCGAGGUGCCUCUACCCCGUCCGGCGUCAGUGCGGGGAAAGGAGCGGGAGAGGCAACCGCUGGGUUGAUGUCGAAGACUAAAGGGGCAUCAGCUGUGCAGAGCGGCAACGUUUGCCUUAGCGAUCCGGGCUCCCCUUCAACGUCGAAGAAGAAGCCUGCUGCGACGAAGUCGUCGAAGCGCUCUGCACAUGCGACAGAGAGCCUUGGGGUCGUGGAGAUGGCCAGCGUCCCUGGUCAGGCGCAUGUCGAGAAGACCACUAUUGUCGUUGCUGCUCGACAGGAAAAGUCGAAGAAGGCCAAGGUGAUGGGUUACACCCCACCUCCUCCCCCGGACGACCAAGGCAAGACGAGUGGCUGCAAAGCUCCCUUCAAAGGACAGGGUUUCGGGUUGCGGAAGGGGAAGCCGGUUUCCGAGCAGACCGUCGGCGGGAAGAAGCGGUUCUUGGGACACUUUGAAACGGAGAAGGACCAAAAGUUCUGUACGGCCAUCUGCUGGCGCGUGUACUUCCCCGACAUUGUCCUUACCGAGUACGAGGCGUUUACGGCGCUGGAUGAGCAGGAGUGGAAGGUCUAUCUUGAUGCAGCUGCUAAAAUGCCAACUGGCGUUUGGAGCGUGGCGCAAGAACAAGGGCAAUGUUGUUUUGACGUUUUCCAGUUGCUGUUGGCGACGGCAAAUAAGGAAGUUCGAGCUGGAACCGACCGGGGAAUCGCGCUGUGCGCGGCGAUUGGUAAGGUUGCGACGCUUGGCAUGAAGCACGAGAACCUGAUUUAUCCGGUUCCUAAGGGCAUGGCGGCGACACCACACAUGAUGGCCAUCGCUGCAACUCUGGCGAGCUUGUGGGCGGCGUACAGGAAGUUGUCGAGGGAGGAUAUUAAGAAGGAUGCCCUAGCUGCCGCAAACGCUACUCUCUUCGCCCUGGAGACUGCGACCAAGGCUUGUGUGGCUGCCAUGGCCGCGCUCGUGUCCAUACUUUUGCACGUCGGCAAGACGUUCCCGGCGAAGCAGUGGUCCGAUCAGCUGUAUUCGUCGGCUGUCGAAGGUCUCGGCUCGACGGACCCUGUCCUGUUGCAGAUGGUGCGCGUGGCCGCACAGGUCUGCACGCAAUGGUGCUGCUGUCGAGCGGCUGCUCGCUUGCUGGAGGACGCGGGCUAUGGCAGCCUGGCAAUGCCAGAAGAAAAGAGCAAGGCGAAGCUGGGCGACGAGGAUGCUACGGAGAAGGAAACGGGCGGGCAAGGGGAGUAG